AUGUCAACCCCCAAUGCUGCGCAGAUUGAAGAGCCGCUCACCAGGAGUCAGCGCUUCAAGGAGACUCAUCUGCUCGCACGCCAUGGAAAUUAUCACCAGUAUUAUGCAAAGUUCCGCGCCCAAACGGUACCCGACGAGCGCCUCUCGAUCCUCCCGUCCGAUAUCCUCCGCGAUUCGCGCGUCCUCGACCUGGGCUGCAAUGCUGGCAAGCUCACCUACGAGACCAUGGUACACUGUGGCGCUAUCGCGUCCGUCGGCGUCGACAUUGACCCUUGGCUAAUCGACCAAGCCAGGGCGACGUAUCCAGACGGGCCCUGUACCUUUGAGCAUUUCGACUUUGUCGACCGAUCCGCCUAUACCGGUACAGCGCUUGGAAAGUUUGACGUUGUCCUUCUCCUCUCCGUGACCAAGUGGAUACAUCUCAAUAAUGGCGAUGCGGGCAUGUUGGCUCUGUUUGAACAUAUCCACAACCUGCUCAACGAGGGUGGGCAUCUAGUCGUCGAGCCUCAGCCGAUGAGCAACUACCAGAGAGCUUCGAAAAGGAAUAAGGAGUUGAGAGAGACAUACAAGACCAUCAAGAUUCAGCCACCAUUCGACGAGGAGUUGAAAGCACAAGGAUUCGAAAGAGUUCUCGAGUCUGAAAGGGAAGAAGAGGGCUUCUCUAGGCCAGUCCAUGUUUGGAAAAAGCUUUCUCCUUGA